AUGCUCGAGAUGGGCCCCGUGCCUUUCUUCAUCGAGUAUGUUGCCGUUCCGAGCAAGCAGGAAAUCCUCGGAUAUGGCCUAUGGCUCGUCUUUCAAGGAACGUUAUACGCCUACCUUCCGGGUCGAUCAAAAGGACGCCCGACUCCUGCGGGGCAUGUCUUGGAUUAUCACACUAAUGGAUUCCUGGCAUGGCUUAUCACUACCACUGGUUUCAUUGCGGGAAUCUACUUCGAUGUGAUCGACCCGACCGUUUUGGUCAAUCAUUGGGGAGGAUUGGUCACCAUUCUCAACGUCUACGGCUUCAUUCUGGCUACUGUUGCAUACCUGAAGGCUCGAUUGGCGUCCUCGCACCCGAACGACAAUGUUCACCUCGGAAAUUUCUGGUAUGACUUCUUUAUGGGCGUUGAGUUGAACCCACGCUUCGGCCAGGACUGGGACUGGAAGCUCUUCCAUAACGGCCGGCCAGGAAUCAUUGCCUGGACGCUCAUUGACAUAUCUUACACUAUGUAUCAGUAUCGUACCUUCGGCUACGUAACGAAGUCAAUGCUCAUCGUUGACAUACUGCAAACCUUCUAUGUAGUGGAUUUCUUCUUCCAUGAGAGCUGGUACCUCUGGACCAUCGACAUCGUGCUCGACCAUUUUGGUUUCAAUCUUGCUUGGGGUUCUGCAGCCUGGCUUCCCACUAUCUACACUCUCCAGGUCCAGUACCUUGCACGUCAUCCUGUGGAGCUGUCCAUGCUCAACGCAGCAGUCCUGCUCCUCACUGGGUGCGCAGGCUACGUUCUCUUCCGCUCCGUGAACAAUCAGAAGGAUCUCGCCCGUCGCACUGAAGGCGACUGCACAAUCUGGGGAAAGAAGGCACAGAUCGUUCGCGUCCAGUAUACGACCACUGACGGCCGCACUAAUCAAUCCAUGCUAUUGUGCUCUGGUUGGUGGGGAAUAGCACGCCAUGUCAAUUACGUUGGUGAUCUGAUGCUGUCUUACGCUGCAUGCGCCACCUGCGGCUUCACGCACCUCCUGCCCUGGACCUACGCCAUCUUCAUGACUAUUUUGUUGGUGCACCGCUGCCUGCGUGACGAGGCAAGACUUUCCGCAAAGUAUGGAGACGGUUGGAAGGAGUACUGCAAGGCUGUGCCGUACAGACUCAUCCCCGGCAUUUGGUAA